UGCUGUGGCUGUGGCUGUGGCACAGGCCAGCAGCUCUAGCUCCAAUUCAACCCCUAGCCCUAGCCUGAGAACUGCAGAUGCAGCCCUAAAAAAGCAGGAAAAAAAAAAAAAAGUGGCCCAAGGCAGCAACUACCCCAUCUGGGGUCUAUCCAAGCCGGAAGCCCCUAGGCCCUGCUGGGGCAGCGCCAGCCACCCGCCCUCCCUCUAGGUUCCUGUACCCGCUGCCUCCUUUAAAAAUGCCCCAGGGCCACCAGCCACCAUCUGCCACCUGCCUGCCAGCCACCACCAUGCGCUUUCUUACCAGUCUGGCCCUGGCCCUGAUCGCCCUGGAGGCUGCCCUCGCACUGGCCCCAGCCCUCAAUCUGCCAGGGCUGGCCACGUGCCCAGAGCUCAGCUCCUCCUCCGAGGACCCCUGCGUAAUCUCCUGCGUCAACGAUGAGAGCUGUCCCCAAGGCACCAAGUGCUGCGCCAGGAGCCCCUGCAGCCGAUCCUGCACGGUCCCCCUCCUGGUGCCUGUCCCCAAGGCCGGCCGCUGCCCCUGGGUGCCGGCCCCGCUGGCCCCUGAGCUCUGCUUGGAGAAAAAUGAGUGCUCCAGGGACGACCAGUGUAGGGGCAACAAGAAGUGCUGCUUCAGCUCGUGUGCCAUGAGGUGUCUGGACCCUGACACAGGUAAGUUCCCAAGACCCCACUCCUGGGACACCGUUCUGGGCCACCGCCCUGGGAAUGGUGGACUUGGCUUCUCCCUUGGCCUCCCCUGAACUUGGUGGCCUCCACAGGGCCCCAAAGGCCAUGAUAUUCAACAGAGGGUGGGGGCUUAAGGGACAGCGUGACCCAGGCUGCACCAGCCACAGACUUCUGCAGGCCCCUGAUGUGGUCACUGGGAUACAGAGGGUCUCCGUCUAGCAGAGGGGGCUCAGAGGAGCCCUGACUUCCGGGUGGGACUUCCAGCCAGGCCCGCCUGCCACGCUUGUGCCUUUGCCACUCAAUCUGGGGAGGAGACCUGGGCUAGGAGCCCAGAGAUGCGGUUCCUGGAUAACCAGUCCCUGCCACCCUUGACCUUGCCGGCCCACCUACGGCAAUGAUGAGGGCCCAGGAGGGAUGGGUGUGGACGGCUCGCUGGCUUGCCCACACAGUCCCUCCCUCCCCGCCCCCACAUGGCUGGGCUCCACCUCCUCUGAGGCCUCCGUGUCCCCUACAGAGGCCCCUCUUCAGUGAGGGACAUCCCUGGGAGCCCCCGGCUGCAAGGAGUGACCAGCCCGAGUCCACUCAGCAAGAACCUUCUCUCUCGGAUCCAGAGACCACACGAUGCCUCCUAUCUGCUGCUAAUAAAAACCUACUCGGCUUCA